AUGACUUCUCGCCCGACCCACGACAGUCAGGGAUCUCUCCUCCCGGCCAUCCUGUGCCUCCACGGGGGCGGGUCCAACUCCACGGUGUUCAAGAUCCAAAUGCGCCGAUUGAUCUGGACGCUCGAGAAGCAGUUCCGGUUCGUGUUCGUGCAGGCGCCGAUCGAGGGCACGCCGGGCCACGGCAUGCUGCCGGUGUUCGCGUCGUGCGCGCCGUUCUACCGCUGGGUCAACCGGCGGUUCAAGGCGGGCGAGAGCGACGUCGAGCCCACGCCGCGGGACGAGGUCGACGCCAUCGACGCCCUCGUCUCCGAGGCCAUGGAGGCCAACGGCGGCGUCGACUCGUUCAAGGGCGUCAUCGGCUUCAGCCAGGGCGCGAGGCUGACGGCCGGCCUGCUGCUGCGGCAAAGGAUCCAGGAGCGCGCCGGCACCACCCCCACCGCCACCAAGUUCGCGUUCGGCGUCAUGAUCGGAGGGCCGUACCCGCCCAUCGGGCUCGCGGGGACCGUCGACGCGGCGGACUACGCCUUGCUCCGGGACAUUCCGACGGUGCACGCCUGGGGGCGAGACGACCACGUCAGGCCCGGGUGCGAGGCGCUGGCGAAGACGUGCGAGAGCGACGCGUGUUUCGUCAUGGACUACGAGGGCGGCCACCACCUGCCGCUCACGAACGUCGAGGCCAAAGACCUCUGCGAUCUGAUCAUGGCCGCGUGGUACGCCGGUGGAGGAAAGUACGGCGUGAGUGCCAACGAGACCUACUGA